AUGCACAAUCGCCUGCUCGCGGACAGCGCUGCCGGGCAUUUUUUCCAGGCAUGCUUGCCUGCAGCAUUGGAUCUUCAGCCCCUCCAGCCAAACGCCAGUAGCAUGGGCCAGUGUGCCAGGGAGCCCAAACUGCAGGGGAAGUGCCCUUGCUUCCAAGAGGCAGCACGACUUGCUAGCAACGCCAUCGCGGAUGGUCCCCCGCAGCUGUGCCUGUGGAAGCAGAUGCGGCAGUUGUACCAGCAUGUAGAAUGCCCGGCCAUUCGCCAUUGGCUUUCGGAAAUCGUCACCGCUUUGUCACAUACCGUGGAAGAAGAAGCAGAGAGAUGGGGCGAUCUCACGUGGCACAAGUCGGCGGAGGCCGAGGUGACCAGCGUCCCAGGCGGCGCAUGCAAGCGAAGGCGGGUGGACCCGCACGUCAAGCAAUGGGCGUUGCGGUCAGCCGCCAAUGGCCAGCAGCCAACUGUGGCAGCUUCAGCACGUGCGCUGGAGAAGACUCUCCAGGCAAACAAGUUGAUAGCGUCUGAAAUGGCGGCCUACCAGGCGACGCUGCGCUUGACAUGGAGCAAGCCUGCAACGCUUCUUUUUCGAACUUGGAUCCCGGUAAGGAAUAUAGUACGUGUACACUUGAUUUUUCUGUUGGGCACAUUUGAACAUUUGAACAAAGGCUUUCCUUGGCACUUGAUGCGGCCCGUAUUGGCAAGCCGGGCCUGGAACUCUACCUCAUAG